UACAGUGUGUUACUUCCUGCUUUAAAGUCCACCAGUGGUCACAUGUGAGGGAUUAUUUCUAUUGGGUUUUGUCAGACUAGAAUGAACUUUGUCUCGGUUCCUCCUUACAAACGAAAGCAGGAUCUCCGGGUCUUUUUUUUUUUUUUUUUUUGUUCUGAACUCGAGAAUAAACUAAAACAGUCUGCGGAGUGGUGGCAGAACAGGAAAUGAGUUCGGUAAAGCGGAGGGAAAUUAUUGGAGUUUAUAAUCUGACAUCUUCUGGGUGUAGUCUAAAUAAAAGGAAGUAACAAUGGAAACUGCAGAGUAAGCCAGGCAGCAUGUACGACAGUGAAUCGGCCUGUGUUGGAUCGGAACCAACUGUCUGUAAUACCGACGCCCCCAGCAGGACACCCGCACAGAGCUCCGUUGUGGAGCGGCUGUCUCGGUAUGGCAUGCAGGUCAUGCCCGGAUCAUCCCAGCGUAGGUCGAGGCUCCAGAGGCAGCAAGAAGUCAGCGACGGCUCCGCUCCGGAAGGACUCUGCAGGGACGCUCCGGAGAGGGAGUCGAUCCCACCGACUCUGCGUAAAAAGUACCUGAAAGACUUGAUCCUGAGCCGGUCAUCUAACAGCGUGCUGCAGUGCUCACAGACUCAGAACCCGUCCCUUGAAGAGGACACGGACUGGGCUCUGUAUCCCAUGGAGCACGCCUGGAUGCUCCUAGCGGUGGAGGGGAACUAUGAGACCAUCCUGGACUUUAUCUCCGAGGACCCUCAGCUGCUAACCAGGAGGGACUUCAUCAGCGGAUACUCGGUCCUGCACUGGCUGGCCAAGAGAGGACAGGACGAGAUUCUGCUGAAGCUCCUGCGGUUCGUGGACGGAGCGGGCAUCGCUGUGAACGUGAACCUGCGGGGCAGCGGCGGGCUCACCCCGCUGCACGUCGCCAGCAUGCACGGCCAGUUCAUGGUCAUCAAGCUGCUGGUCGGGGCUUUCGGUGCCGAUGUGGACGCCAUGGACUACAACGGCAAGAGACCCUGGCAGUAUCUGAAGGAGGACGCCCCGCUGGAGAUGAAGGAGCUGCUGGGAACCUGGGACGACGAACACAGCUGCGGGUGUGCGCAACAUUUUAAUAAGAACGUCAACAACAACUGCGCUGGCGCAGUGAACUUUGCCGCAUGUGAUAAGGUGGAUGGCGCAGACACCGAAGAAGUAAAUUACUUUGACAGAACCAAGAAAGGCAGCUGGAGAUUUGGUUCUUUAAGGAAGCUCAUAACCUCCUUUUCAUUUGUUGGAAACAAGUCUUGAGAUCAUGACAAAUAUUUACGAGAUGCAAAUUUGGGUAAUUUAAACUUCUCCCCAAAACCAGCGAUGAUAAACAAGUUAGGUAUGUUUUAAAAUAUUAAAUUGAAAUAUAUUGAAAUGAUAGGCAGUUUUCCAUUUAAACGGAUGAUUUGGUUUGAUUUUCUUUUUAUGUUUAAGAUAAAAGAAAAUCAAACAAUUUUAAUUUUCUGCUAAUCCAUCGUUUUAGAACAAAACUGGAUUCUAAUAAGAAAAUCCAGUUACUAAAACAUUCACGAACUGUAGCUACAUUCAAUCCUAAUUAUGUUUCAGUUUUUACAGGGACAGUUAAAGGCACCGCGGCCACCGUACUAAGGGUUGUUCUUAAAAUGUGAAGGGAUAUAAACAAACAGUCAUGUUGGAACAAUUUCACAAUUUUCUCGCUUUCUCAAACAGGUUUAACAAAGAAGUGUGACAGGGUUGCACAACGACAUUUCUUGGUCAUGCCACUGUCAGAGGGGAUUUCUCUUCCUCUACACUGAGUACUAACCUUUUUUUGUUGCUAAAUUAAGCAAACUGAUGUGUCAAAAACGUAUUACGCGAUUUUUCUUAAUAAGUGCAAACUUUAAAGAAGUAACAAUUUUUUAUAGCACAACUUAAAGGGCCCUCGGUGCUUGAUGCUUUCCUUAUUUUUUUUUUUUUUUUUGUCUCAGAGCACCUAAUAUGAAUAGAUUUGCAUCAGAAAUCAUCUCCAUUCAUUCUCAUCACUUUUUGGUGAAAUGGGGAGCAGAUUAUGAAAUUAAAUAUAUUGUCUUUAAUAGUACAUCCUUAUUUGUACUUCUAAAAAGUGCCAUACAUAGUAAUUUCAAGGCUGUUUGUAUGGCAUUAAACCAGACCCAGUUUAGGAACCCUUGGUCCAGUUUAAAACCCUAACUGAAGAGUGUCUAGAGACCUAAAAGAAGUCAAAUGUUCCUUUUGGACCACAUUUGGAAAUUCUGUCAGCAGCUUAAAAAUCAAAAUGAGUCAGACAGAAACUUAAGUUGGGAUGUAGAAAAUCAAAGAUAAAGGGUGUCAGCUGGAUAUAAAUUAACACAAAACCAAUUUCCUUCUAUUUUGAGUCUAAGAAUUUUAUCUGCUACAAAUUAUAGUCCAGGAAUUUCUCUGUAUUUCGGGAUUGGAAAAUCACUGCUUAUGAACCUUUCCUGUAAAUUAACAGGUGGGAGAUUGUUUAAAGUCAUGGUUCUCAGACUGUGGUACAUGUACCACUGGUGCUACUCAGGUUACCUUAGAACUGGUACUUAGUGGGGAUUUGAAUAUGAUCUUCAUGCCAUUAGUAACAGUAAAUAUGUAAAUGUUUUUUUCCUGCAUAUUGGUCUUUCACUGAACACUGUUGCGACAUGCUCAAUAAAUGAUGUGAGAAAUAUUUCAAUCAUAAAUGCAAAUAAACUGUUGAACUGC